AUGAGCACAGUAAACUCAAAGCGUCUACUUGGGAGGCUAGACCUUAAAGACGCCAAUAUAACCGCAACACUCUGUCAUCUUUUUUCCACAGCAUUAGCGAUUGCGGCAUUACUUUCAAAUGACUGGAUCAUCAUCGAAUCUGAUGUGAACAACCAAACAAGUGUCGACUAUUCGGAUUUUAUGUUUCAAAUGAAUGCAAAUGCGGAUCGUUGUGAAUCAAUUGGUUGUCGCGACUUCUGGAAGCCUGCUCGUUUUGGUGGUUUCAUUGACCAGAAUGGAAGAUCUCACAUUGCUUUUCAUUCAGACGGAAGAGUUAUCCUGGACUGCAUAACUCCGGCUAUUGCUAAUUUAUUCUACAUACUUAUUGCCCUUUGCUUCGUCGUCGCAAUUUCAUCAUCACUAGCCUGCUCAAUGAACCUCGUCCCGCCGCCCGGAGGAUUUCUUCUUUGGAUUCGCAAUAAUUCAAUCAUGGAGCUAUCAAAUAUGAUGCUCACAUUGUGCACAUGCGUGUGCGCAAUUAUCGGCCAAUCCGAAGUGGCUAUGCAACGUCCAAAUGAUGACGUGACAAUUGGAUCAGGUGUAUUCUUCGUAUGCAUUUCGGGAUUGCUUUCAUUUGUCGCUUCAAUGUCGGCGAUUCGUCACAGCGCUAAACAACACCGAAUGCGCCGUAUCGAUAAUCAAAGAUUGCUGUGCGCUCGUUCGUUGCGCUCGUGGAGAGAUGCCGCUCGUCGACCAGAUGACACUCGUCCGAUUGUGGAUUUUGAAAGAUACUUGGACGAAUGCUCGACUGAAAUGACCGAGACGAAUCAAACCGAACAACAUCCAACUCAAACUGAACCAGUGAACGAAAUCUGA